GGGUGAGGGCAGGGGCUUCGCUCCCCCACUGCGCAUGUGCACACCAGUCGCACGCGUUGCCUAAGGGCCGGCCGCUCUCAUUUGUCCCUCUGCGGCCCCCGUCGGAGGUGCAGGGAGGCGUGGCCUCUGUUGGGCAGCGAUGGCGGAAUACACCUGCGUGAAAUCCACCAAGCUCGUUCUCAAGGGGGCGAAGGAGAAAAGUAAGAAAAAACACAGAGAUAAGAAAAGAAAAAGAGAAGAAAAUGCAGAAGAUCAGCUUGAUAUUGUUGGAAGCUGGUGGGCAGUAAAAAAUUUUGGUGAAAUCACAGGAACUGUAGCAAUAGAACUGGACAAGGGAGCUUAUAUCCACGCUCUUGACAAUGGCCUUUUUACACUUGGAGCACCACAUAAAGAGGAUGAUGGCCCUAGUCCUCCUGAGCAGUUUACAGCAGUAAAGUUGUCUGACACCAGAAUUGCACUGAAGUCUGGCUAUGGCAAAUACCUUGGCAUAAAUUCAGAUGGUCUUGUUAUUGGACGAUCAGAUGCAAUAGGAUCGAGAGAGCAAUGGGAACCUGUCUUCCAAGAUGGAAAAAUGGCUUUAUUAGCAGCAAAUAGCUGUUUUAUCACCUGUAAUGAAGAGGGAGAUAUAGAAGCCAAAAGUAAAACUGCAGGGGAAGAAGAAAUGAUAAAGAUCCGUACUUGUGCUGAAAGAGAAGCUAAGCAGAAAGAUGACAUUCCAGAAGAAGACAAAGGAAAUGUUAAACAAUGUGAAAUCAAUUAUGUAAAGAAGUUCCAAAGUUUCCAAGAUCGUAAACUCAAAAUAAGCCAAGAAGACAGUAAAGCUCUCAAAAAAGCUAGAAAAGAAGGCACUUUCCAUGAGACGUUGCUGGACAGGCGAGCAAAACUGAAAGCUGAUAGAUACUGCAAGUGACAAAAACAAUUGGCUUGUUUGCUUGCUUUUAUAUCCUUUGGUUGUCCAACUGAACAUACUAUCUGAAUAAGAUAUUUUGCAAAUGUGACUUUAUUUAUGCAAAGACUUUUUUGUUCCUACUUCUCAUUAGAGUUAGUAUCUAGUGUCACUCUGCAUAAGAAUUUGUCAUUAUUCUGAUGAAAUGCCAUUUAGUUUAUCAUCAAACUUUACACAGUAUUGAAAUUUGGUAUGCAGAAUUUUAUACAAAAGCAAAUAGCUUUAGCAAAUUGAUUUGUUGAAGGUUGAGAGAAGCAAUUGAGUAAUCUGAAGGUCAUGAUUAACAAUCACGAAGAGAAGAGCUGCCUACAAAACCAAACUACAAAGUUGCCCUGACAAAUUGUACUUUCAUUGGAUAAAUGAGACUGAAGUCUCAGCUUGACUUCAGUGGAGCAAUGCUGCCUGAUACCAACUGAGGAUCUAGAAUGGUUUUCAACAUUUAUAGAGAACAAUGGUUCUGUAAAAAUUAAGUGAAUGUUUGCAUAAACUAUGUACUUGAAAAACAGUAUGGGGGAAUGAAGAAAAGGCUGUCAUAAAUGUAGAAAUUGAGGUUCUUCAUGAGAAAAGGAGACCCUUUAAUUACCCAUAUGUUGCUGAUGGUUUUUAUGUUCUUUCAAAUUUUGCUAACUUAAAGCUGUUGGAUGGACUUGUUUCUAUCUUUUAAAGUAAAAAUGUUAAAGAAUGUUUAAAAUGCAGAUACUGUGCAUUCCUACUAACUAUUACAUAGAAUGGUGUUUGCUAUUUAUGCUUGUUACCAAAAUUUUAUUUUAAUAAAAACCCUUUAUAGGAACUA